UUUUACAAAUAUUACAGGUGGAUCCGGAGAUAAUAUUAUACCGUAGCCUUCCAAUCAAUCUAUAUUGGUUAUUAUCAGUGAAUUCACUGUAUCCUGGUAUCUGACAAAUUUGGUCAGAUCUGAUCCAAUUGUUGACGAACAACAACAUAAUGUUUGGAAUGGAAUCAAAUUCUGCUUCACUGCUUGCGUUUGCAGCAGUUGUGGUUAUUGGUGCUGUUGUCAUGUAUUUGGUGUCUUUAUUCAGCAUGAAAGAGACUCGUUUUGAAGAUGUUCUUGAGGAACAGAGGAAAAAGAAAGAAAAGGAAGACAGAGAGAGAUCAAUGCAUAACAAACAGAAACGUGAACAAUACAAGAAAAAGUUCAAUGAAAAGAAAAAGAAAACUCCUGUUGGAAAUGGCAAGGUGGAAAAAAUUGACAGUAGUGUGUCCCCAAUGCAUGAAGUACAGAUCAAGGAAACCCCUCAAGUUGAGACCGGAAGUGGUGAACCUGCUCCAUUGGAACAAAAGAAGAAUAAGGGAAAAUCUAAGAAGCAGGAGACUCCGGCACCCCAGCCUAAACAGGACAGCCCCAAACAGUCCAACCCGAUUCUGAAACCUGCACCUGAGAAACCUAAGAAGGAAACGGAGGUCAAACAAACUGCUGCUACUGAAGUAAAAGCUGAACCACAGAAGAAGAAAGAAGCUGGACGUACUCGCACUGUAUCAUUCAGUGAUGAAGUACAGGAUAAACAGAAGAAUGAAAAUGAACAAGAGAAAAGUAAGAAGAAGAAAAAGAAACCUGUGGAACCUGAAGCAGUUGAAAGUGAAAUUGUCAUCCAACUGAGGGAAGCCAAUCUUGGUGAACGUGAUGUUAAGAAUAUUAUUACUAUGAUUAAGCAGAAAUAUGGAAUUGAUGUCGGAGGUGGAAGCAAGAUUAAAGAUUUGCAACAACAACUGGAUAAAGCCAACAAACAGCUUUCACAAAGUGAAGGUGGUUUACAACAAUAUGUUUCUCGAUGCAUGUCUGCUGAGAAUAAAAUAGAACAACUGAAACAGGAUUUGAUGGUGGAAAAGACCAAAUUGUCUUCACUAGAAAAGGCAAAACAGGAUUCCGAUAACAAACAUAAACAAGAACAAGCGAUGUCGCAUGCUCGUCACUCGAAUGAAAUGAAACAAGUGCAGGACAAGAUUGCAUUGGCUGGUGAUUAUGAUGAGAUGAGAGGUGUUGCUGAAAAAUUGAAAGCAGAGAAAAAUAUUUUGAUGACUGAAAUUCAGAAACAUGCAUCAGUUGUUUCUGAGAAUGGAAGACUUGCUGGUGAUUUGAAGCAAGUUAAACAUAAACUCCAAGAAACUCAACAUAGAUGUGCUGAGCUAGAAUCGAAAUUGAAAGAAUACAGUUCCAUACAGCAGCAACAGGUUGAGAAUGAAAAAAAUUAUCGCCACCAAGUGAACGACCAAGUCAUAGCACUGCAGCAAUUGAAACAAAGUUAUACCACUCUUGAUGGCGAGUAUCAAAAAGUCAAAGCUGAUUUACAGACGACUCAGAGUAAUUCAACUAAACUUUUGGAGCAAAUCACAUCGCUAACUGAAGACAAUGAUUCGAAAGCUGAUACACAGCGGGCACUCGAACAACGACUCGCUGAUAGUGAACAGAUAGUUGCUGAAAGAGACUCUAAGAUAAAGGAUGUGACAAGACAAAACUCUACUCUUUCAGAACAGGUGCAAAAUAUGGAACAACAAAUUGCUCAAUUAAAUUCUCAAAUUGUCAAUAUUUCCCAGGAGACCAAAGUCAAAGCUGAUGCAGACAAGCAGACAGUACAAGACAAAGAAGAAGUGACCAAAGUACAAAAAGAACUGGAAAAAUCUAAAAAUGAAGCCAAAAAAUUGAAAGAUGAAGUUGAUAAAUUAACGAAGAAAAAAUAAUGAUUUGCGAGAAAGAAAUUGGAAAGCAAUGGAUUUGGCGACAUCAUUAGAAAAAACAUCAGUAGAAAAAGUAGCGGCUACUAAGGCGGAAGGUGAUGAAGUUCGUGCUCAUUUACAGGAAUCUGUAAAGCAAUCAU